CAUAAUUGGUAUCUGGAAAAGAUGUGGUAGUCGCGACAAAACGCCGUCUGGCGAGAUCCCUACACAAUGUAUUUACCAACAACCCCGGACGAGCCAUCGAACCUCACGAAUGCGGCAGUAAUCUUACUCGGCGACAAGAAGGGAGAGCUACCAAAGGGAUGGUCUAGUCUUAUUGGAGUCGUGUCGGCCAUCAUCGGGAACAUUCUGAUAUCGUUCGCGUUGAACACGCAGCGAUACGCCCACAUAAGGCUGUCUCGGGACCAGGAAGAGGCGCGCGAGAAGGCACGGGCGGCGAGCAGGAGCGUCACGCCGACUUAUGGGACAAACGGAGGAGAAAACGUUUUGAACGGAAAUGUCAAUCGGUCCAAGAGCAAUGUGAAGGCCGAGCUGGGGUCUCAUACACGAGCGGAGAGUGAUGAGGCACAACCAUUGAUACCAAGAAGAAAAACAUCGUCCUCAAGCAGCAGCGAAGCGACGGAUGAGAAGGAGUCCGAGGUGAAAGAGAAAUCCUACCUGCAAUCGCCCAUAUGGUGGGUGGGCAUUACUCUGAUGACCGUUGGUGAAACUGGAAACUUUCUGGCGUAUGGCUUUGCGCCGGCUUCGGUCGUCUCGCCGCUGGGCGUGGUUGCGCUCAUCUCGAAUUGCCUGAUCGCUCCACUGUUGCUGGGGGAGAAGUUUCGCCGGCGAGAUGGUCUGGGUGUGCUCAUAGCCGUUGGAGGUUGUGUCGUGGUUGUUCUGAGCGCCUCCGAUUCGAAUCCGAAGCUUACUCCGAAUGCUAUUUGGGAUCUGAUAACACAGUGGGAAUUCGAGACGUACCUUGGAGUCACCUGCACUCUGAUCGUUAUCUUGAUGGUGGCCAGCAAUAAGUUCGGAGAGAAGACAAUCCUGAUCGACGUUGGACUGGUUGGCUUGUUCGGGGGAUAUACGGCUCUGUCUACGAAAGGCGUAUCUUCGCUGCUCACAUACAGCAUCUGGAGGGUCGUCACAUUCCCGAUCACCUACCUGCUGGUGGCAGUGCUGGUAUUGACUGCGGUCAUGCAGGUCAAAUAUAUCAACCGAGCACUGCAGAGGUUCAACGCUACGAUGGUAAUUCCGACACAGUUCGUCGCCUUUACCUUGUCCGUGAUUAUUGGAUCCGCCAUCCUGUACCGGGACUUUGAGCGACAGACUCCUGAAGAUGGCAUCAAAUUUGGCUGCGGUUGCGCGCUGACCUUCUUUGGUGUCUGGUGCAUCACAUCAGGUCGGAAGAAGGACUCGGACAGC